AUGUCGAUGCCAGCAUCUACCCGUAUCAGCGUGCCUCCUCGAGGGCCGAAGGCCCCGGUUGGCCGUUUGGCCAGCCUCAAGUCUUCUAGCUCAGUCUCCAUCAACCGUCCCCAGUCAAUUGGGCGUCAGCAGCCUCCACGUCCGACCACGCAUCCAAAAACAACUAGCUGUCCGAAUCCUGGUUGUCCUGCACCUCGCAUCGUCGAUGAAGAUGGACAGAAGCUCUGCACCGGGUGUGGUACCGUCAUUGCCGAAUCAAACAUUGUGUCUGAAGUGACAUUCGGUGAAUCCUCCUCUGGUGCCGCUGUUGUCCAGGGUACUUUCGUCGGGGAAGGUCAGAGUCAUACCCGGAGCUUUGGUCCCGGCUUUCAACGAGGCGGUGGCAUGGAAAGUCGCGAAAUGACGGAGGCAAACGGCAACACAUGCAUUGCCCAGCUCGCACGACCCCUGAACAUUCCUGAGAGUGCUACUAAAGCUGCUGGACAGGUGUUCAAACUUGCUGUCGGAUUGAAUUUCAUUCAAGGUCGUCGGACUAAGACCGUAGCAGCAGUUUGCCUUUACAUCGCGUGUCGUCGCCAAGAGGGCAACACGGUCAUGCUGAUUGAUUUUGCCGAUAUUCUGAUGGUCAAUGUUUUUAAACUUGGACGCACCUACAAAGCCCUUCUUGACGAGCUUAGAAUUGGCGGUAACGUCUUUAUGAUCAGCCCAAUUGACCCAGAAAGUCUGAUCUAUCGUUUCGCAAAGACACUGGAGUUUGGCUCGGCUAAUAUGCGAGUCUGUGGUGAGGCUGUGCGCAUUGUUCAACGAAUGAAUCGUGACUGGAUGACUACUGGUCGCCGGCCAGCUGGUAUCUGUGGUGCAGCUCUGAUCCUAGCAGCACGCAUGAACAAUUUUCGUCGAACGGUUCGUGAGGUUGUUUACGUGGUUAAAGUGGCCGAGGUCACCAUUAAUCAACGGUUGAACGAAUUCAGCUCGACAGAGAGCGGUGAGCUCACCGUGGACCAAUUUCGGUCUGUGCAACUUGAGAAUACACAUAACCCCCCUUCUUUUACUCGCGCGAGAGAUGGUCGCAAGUACAGCCGAUCCGCCAAGAAAUCUGCAGAACUAGUUACCGAAUUCGACGAUGAUUUGGAGAGCGAGGCAGACUCGGUCCAGCCUAGGCGUGUUGAUGCAGAUGGAUUUGCAAUUCCGGAUCUUCCAAUUGACCCUGCCUUGACUGCUCGGCGACCAUCUGUUACAUCGGCAUUGAACGAGAUUCAUCAGGAUAGCAAGUUGGAAAGGGCCAAAGACAAGGGAAAGGGCAAGGAUGUAUCUCGACCAGCCCUUCUUGCCGAUCCUACUCCAGAUGACCUCGCAGCCGAAGAGGCACUAGAGGCAGAGAUGCAAAAAAUGCUGGAAACGGGUUCUCAUAUGGUUCAAAGUUACCCCGAAGUGCCAGAAGUGGCCGUCUCAGACAGCGUUGAUAUUGCUGAUACCGAAUUUGAUGACGACCCCGAAAUUAAAUACUGCCUUCUCUCCACAGAGGAAGUUGAUAUCAAAGAACGAAUUUGGGUCACCGAAAACAAGGACUAUCUUCGCACGCUGCAAGAAAAGAAUCUCAAACGUGCUCUUGCCGAAGCUAUGGGUACCACUACCACUCGCAAACCUCGCAAGCGUCGAAAGACCCGUAUGGGUGAUGUCACCUAUCUUGAAGGUGAGGACGCUGAGGGCCGCUCUCGUGCGUCGACCCCGGCUGAAGCCACACGAAGGAUGUUGGAGGUGCGCGGAUACAGUAAGAAGAUCAAUUACUCUCUGCUGGACACGCUGUACGGCGGUGAAGAUAAAAAUGAAGAAGGUGAUGCGGAAACCAAGAUGGAAUCCUUUAGCCGCAGUCGCAGCCAAUCCCGCAGCCGCAGCCGCAGCAUGAGCGUUGCAUCACGUCAAAGUCUGCCUCCUGCAGCUACGCCUUCUCGUCGCCGACGAAACGGCGCACCCAUCAAACCCAUCCAUUCCGCCACUACUCCUGUUCCUGAGUCACCUCGGGCCUCUCCUGUGCCUAUCUCUAGGCCUGUCUCUAAACCUGUCAACAGGUCUGCUCCGACAAUCGCUGUCGAAUCCGCCCCUCUCCCUACUCCUCCUUCAACGGCCCCCGACGCUACAAACAAAAACACUCCUGAUCCAAGCAAGAUCAAACCUCCUAGCGAUCAGCGGGAUGUCGAUGAGUUGGAAGAAGAUUAUGGUUAUGAAGAAGUUGAUGACCACCUUGAGGAUGCAUUUGCAGGAAGAUACGGAGAUGAUUACUAUGACGUCGACAGCGAUUCUGAGUAG